AUUUGAACGUAUUGAAAAGGAAGAGUAGAACAAAAUGCUGCAUUUUCUGUUCAGGUGUCAGUUGGGAGUGUGAUUCAUUCUCCAGAGAGGAAAGAGGCGCGCCAGAUUGACAAAUAUGGAUUUGCUUCCUUCAGAAUCGCCGAUUGAGCAGAAACAUGGAUUCCGGUCACUGAAGCUUCCAAACAUUAACAUGGACGAUGUCCUUGCAGAGAAGCCAUUCGGAGCUGAAUACGGCCGACUCGACAACGGUAUCUCUUACUAUGUCCGAUGCAAUUCUAAGCCUAGAAUGAGAGCUGCUCUCGCUCUCGCCGUCAAAGCUGGCUCAGUUUUGGAAGAGGAGGAUGAACGAGGAGUUGCUCAUAUUGUUGAACAUCUUGCUUUCAGUGCUACAAAGAAGUACACGAAUCACGAUAUUGUUAAAUUUCUAGAAAGUGUAGGGGCGGAGUUUGGUGCUUGUCAGAAUGCAGUUACAUCAACUGAUGAUACAAUUUACGAGUUAUUUGUUCCCGUUGAUAAGCCAGAACUGUUGUCUCAGGCAAUUUCGAUCUUAGCUGAAUUUAGCACAGAGGUGAGAGUCUCAAUAGAUGAUCUAGAUAAGGAAAGGGGAGCUGUUAUGGAAGAAUACAGACAGACACGCAAUGCUAUGGGGAGAAUGCAUGAUUCGCAUUGGGCCUUGAUGAUGGAGGGUUCAAAGUAUGCAGAGCGCCUUCCAAUAGGCUUGGAAAAAGUAAUCCGAACAGUUUCUGCCAGUACUGUAUUGAAUUUCUAUAAGAAAUGGUAUCAUUUGCAGAAUAUGGCUAUUAUAGCUGUUGGAGAUUUCUCUGAUACUCAGAGUGUGGUCCAGUUAAUCAAAACACAUUUUGGAGAUAAAUCUUCUCACACUGAUCCUCCAUCCAUACCACAUUUUCAAGUUCCAUCUCAUGAAGAUCCUCGUUUCUCGUGCUUUGUUGAUUCAGAAGCUGCCGGGUCUGCAGUGAUGAUCAGCUGUAAGAUGGCUGCCUAUGAAUUAAAGACUGUGAAAGAUUAUAGGGAUCUUCUUGCAGAAUCCAUCUUCUUUCAUGCUUUAAAUCAGAGGUUUUUCAAAAUUUCUAGGCGAAAAGAUCCUCCAUACUUUUCAUGCUCUGCUGCUACUGAUGUGUUAGUUAAUCCAGUAAAAGCUUGUGUAAUGACUUCAUCUUGUAAAGAGAGAGGUACUCUGGAUGCCUUGGAAUCUAUGCUUAUUGAGCUUGCUAGGGUUCGAUUACAUGGAUUUUCUGAACGUGAGAUUUCUAUUGUUCGAGCUCUGCUAAUGUCAGAGAUGGAAUCUGCUUAUUUGGAGCGUGAUCAAAUGCAAUCAACAACCUUAAGAGAUGAAUAUUUACAACAUUUUCUCCAAAAUGAACCUGUUGUUGGAGCGGAAUACGAGGCCCAACUGUACAAAGCUCUUCUACCCCAUGUAUCCGUACCAGAAAUAUCUAUCUAUGCAGAGAGGUUUAGAACUUCAUGUAGCUGUGUUAUAAAGAUCAUUGAACAUCAAGCUUCUGCAACAAUUGAUGAUCUGAGAGCCAUAGUGGCAAAGAUCAAUUCUCUUGAGGAAGAAAGGAAUAUUCCUCCAUGGGAUGACGAAAAGAUCCCUGAAGAAAUCGUGAAUGUUAAGCCAAAUCCUGGGCAUAUAAUGCAUGAGAAUAUAUAUCAGAAUAUUGGAGCUACCGAGCUAAUUCUGUCUAAUGGCAUGAGAGUUUGUUAUAAGUGUACAGACUUCCUUGAUGACCAGAUUCUUUUUACAGGAUUCACAUAUGGAGGAUUAUCUGAACUACUUGAAAAGGAAUACUUUUCAUGCUCUAUGGGUUCAUCAAUCGCUGGAGAAAUUGGUAUAUUUGGUUAUAGACCAUCUGUUCUUAUGGAUAUGCUAGCUGGUAAGAGAGCUGAAGUUGGCACAAAGAUCGGAGCAUACACGAGAAGCUUUUCUGCUGAUUGCUCCCCAUCAGAUCUUGAAACUGCAUUGCAGCUUGUCUAUCAACUAUUUGUAGUAAAUGUAGAACCAUCAGAGGAAGAUACCAAAAUUGUGAUGCAAAUGACAGAAGAAGCAAUACGUGCUCAAGAAAGAGAUCCUUAUAAUAUUUUUGCAAAUAGAGUUAGAGAACUCAACUAUGGACGGUCGUACUUCUUUAAACAAAUUCGACUAAAUGACCUUCGAUCAGUUGAUCCUUUCAAGGCUUGUGAAUACUUCAGCAACUGUUUUAAGGAUCCCUCUACAUUUACAGUUGUAAUAGUUGGAAAUGUCGAUCCUGCUGUUGCUCGUCCGAUAAUCUUGCAGUAUUUGGGUGGCAUACCGAGACCUCCAGAACCUAUAUUUAAAUUUAACCGUGAUGAGCUCAAAGAAUUGCCGUUCGAUUCUCCAUCCACUGUGAUGAGAGAAAUAGUUCGCAGUCCUAUGGUGGAAGCUCAAUGCUCUGUUCAAUUAUACUUUCCUGUUCAGAUAAAAGAUGAAAAUAUGAUGGAAGACAUUCACUUGGUUGGCUAUUUAAGCAAACUUCUGGAGACAAAGAUGAUGCAGCUUCUCCGAUUCAAGCAUGGGCAGAUCUAUUCUGCUGGUGUUUCUGUUUUUCUUGGGGGUAAUAAACCUUCUAGAUCUAGCACUGUCCGUUGUGAUAUUAGUGUAAAUUUUUCCUGUGAUCCAGACAUCUCCAAAAGUCUGGUUGACAUCACUCUAAAUGAAAUUUUGCGCCUUCAAGAAGAAGGACCUUCAGAAGAAGAUGUUUCAGCUGUGCUUGAAAUUGAACAAAGGGCUCAUGAGAAUGGUCUACAGGAGAAUUAUUAUUGGUUGGAUAGGAUACUCCGAAGCUACCAAUCAAGGGCCUAUUCUGGUGAUAUUGACAUUUCAUUUGAGUUGCAAGAUAAGACCAGAACUAAAGUAAGAGCAUCUCUAACACCAUCAACUGCACAAUCAGCCUUACAGAGGCUACUUCCCUAUCCAUGCAAAAAACAGCACACUGUGGUGAUCCUAAUGCCUCAGACAUCUCCAUACAAGCGGUUGAAGUCUUUUGCCUCUUCUAUCUUCAAACACCACAGUACAGAUGCGAAGAUAAUAGCGGGGUUGGCAGGCUUGGCAGUUAUAGUUUUCAGUUUAUGGAGACACUCGAGAAAUGCUGCCAAGUCUUGAAACAUUAGGUAUUCUUCUGUAUACUACAUAUAAUUAUCAUUUUUUUAUCAUAUAACAGAUUUACCUGAUCAGGACUGUAUUGUGUUUUUUUCUGGACUGAUUGAAGCACUAUUUUCACAUCUUAUCAAAUUUCAAGGUUGAUAAUUAGUACAUUUAGAGGGAUGAAUAGUUGAAUAUUUGAUAGUAGUAAAUUGAGUCAGAUUCAGUUCAUAUUUUAUAUUUUGAUUGAAUAAAAAUCACUUAAGACCA